AUGUCUGACCAGUGUGCUGUUGGUCCUGACGGCCAUCUAAAAGAUGCUUCCGAAAUCGUAUGGCACAAUGACUCGGACGACGAGGAGCCUAUAUGUGCCCCUGGUCCCAUUGCAGCAAGUUCUACUCCUCCAGUGCACCAUUUCUUUACUGGUGCUCGACGUAGUGCCCGAGAACCUCUACCUUCGACGAAAAUGGUCGAUCCCGACAAUCUUGCCUCAACAGGUUCAGCCCGGAGCAAACGCAAGGCCGCUGAUGGUCCAAAGACCAGACGGCGAGUUGCAUGCAAGGUCGUUCCAGCUUCUAGUGCUUCCAGUGAGGAUGGGGGCGAUGCUGACACCGUUGAAACUGACUUGGAGGAUAAUGCUGAUUGCACAGAGGAUGGUGCGGUCUGUGCAGAGGCUUCAUAUCCACAAACUAAAGCUAUGGGCGAUGCGGACCGUGAGGCAGGCAACACUCAUCUCAAAAACGAAUGUACCGCAGACGUUCGCACCAUUUUCAUCAAGAAGGAUCAUCUGUCCAAGUCUGGACAUGUUUGCACUAUCUGCGAGUGA